GAUGGAGAAAGGAGUAUUGAUGAAUAGGUAUGAGCUCGGACGAUUGCUUGGACAAGGGACAUUCGCCAAAGUUUACCAUGCGAGAAACCUCAAGACUGGCGAAAGUGUAGCCAUUAAGAUUAUUGAUAAGGAGAAGAUAUUGAAGGUUGGUUUGAUUGAUCAAAUCAAACGAGAAAUCUCUAUAAUGCACCUCGUUAGGCAUCCUAAUAUUGUACAGCUUUAUGAGGUGAUGGCAAGCAAAACCAAGAUAUAUUUCGCCAUGGAGUACGUGAGAGGAGGUGAACUUUUCAACAAAGUUGCCAAAGGGAGGCUCAAAGAAGACGUUGCAAGAAAAUAUUUUCAACAAUUGAUUGGAGCCGUUGAGUUUUGUCAUAGCCGAGGGGUAUAUCACCGGGAUCUUAAACCCGAAAAUCUCCUUCUUGAUGAGAAUGGUGACUUGAAAAUUUCAGAUUUUGGCUUGAGUGCAUUGCUGGAUUCAAGAAGGCAGGAUGGUCUACUUCACACAUCUUGUGGAACUCCUGCUUAUGUUUCACCAGAAGUAAUCAACAAGAAGGGCUAUGAUGGAGAAAAAGCUGAUAUUUGGUCAUGUGGGGUUGUUCUUUAUGUUCUAUUGGCUGGUUAUCUCCCUUUCUAUGAUNAUAUAGUUUAG